AAAAAACAACCAGAGAUGAAAAUAUCCGAUGAUGUGUUGUUCAAGUGGAGAAAACGGAAAUCUUGAGUGGAGGGUCAAUUUGUAUAAAAGAAGUGUUGGCAUCCGAAUUCCUCAGCAGAUGUUUUACUAACACGAUAAGGCUCUGGUCCAACAUUAUAGUGAACAUCUCUAGAAACCACUUUAUAUAGACUGCCCUUUCUCCUGUGCAAGAGAAGAUGCAACAAUCUAACUUCCUUCUAUUCUUGGUGUUGACCGUUCUCUGUGUGAGGUCCGCACACAGCUGUAUGUGUGAUAUCACUCACCCCCAGAACAAAUUCUGCUCAGCUGAUUUCGUGAUUAAAGCAACGAUAGUGAGAGAAGACUUAGAAUUUGCAAACAAUGCGGACGAUCUUCCAUUCCCGUUGAUGAAGAAUUACACCGUGCAAUACAAAAACGCAGAUAUCUAUAAGGGGUCAUCUCUGCUGGGUUCUAGCGACACUCUGGUCAUCAAGACUUCCGGUACUCCGUGGAACUGUGGGGAAACAUUCACUCUCAACAAAGAAUAUGUCAUUUCAGGGUUUGUCAGUGAUGGCGAGUUCUUCACAAACCAUUGCCAGUGGAACCCUGAGUACCUCAGUCUGAAGCCUCACCAAAGACGGGGACUCCGACACAUGUAUGGACAAGGCUGUAGUUGCACGGUGCAUUAUUGUCGCGGGGAUGCGUGCGAUGGUGACUUCCCCAAAUCAUUGAAUCCGGACCAGACCUGUAUUUGGCCAGGGUCUUACAACACGAACGACUGCUACGCCAAAUACGGGUUCUGUUUACCGGAUAUUUUCGGAGUCUGCGACUGGAAACAAAACCGGAUGUUGAGAGGAUGUCUAAAGAAGGAAGGAGGGGUUCUACCGUGAACCAAACUACCAAAGACUGAUCUAGCAGUGAUAUAUAUUGCAUACAGACCUGCUUUUAAGAAUAAAAAACCCCAGUAUUAUUGAUUUUCUUCACUGUAUUAUAUAAAUGCAGUAGUAAAAUGUCAGAUCACAGAAUAGUACACACAUGAUUUCAAUCAAAAUAUGUUUGUCCUUUUGCAUUGCAUUUUUAUAUUUCAUCGAAAAAUAUAUCAACAUAUUUUAA